AUGCGUCCCUGCCCUCCUGACGAUGUGUUAAUCAAAGCUCUCACAGAGGCACACCACUCACUAUGGGGCUUAAAAUUGCUAUUCAGUUACUGUAAGCAAACACAGAAGAAGAACAGAGCGACCUGUGCGUAUGUUAGACGCGUCAACCACAUCAUGGACAGUGAAUAUUCAAAGAGAGUGUACCAGGGCGUUCGAGUCAAGCACACAGUCAAAGACCUGUUGGCAGAGAAACGAUCCCGACAGACCAAUGGGCCCAGAUACAAUAGUGGUUCAACAACUCCACCUUCUUUCGUUCAGAUGUCAGGGUCUCAUAUGUUACCAAGCUACUAUGGUAUGAGGCGUCCUUUCAUAUCAGACUCAGAUUUCAGCGCAUCAACCAAGCAGAUUUCACCAGAUGUGUACCCAUCCACCUUUGGAGCCAGAACACUGGGCUGUGAGACGGCUAGCUUCUCUCUUAUUGACACCUACUACCCUGACACUUUCAGUGAAUACCGCAACACCACCACCUUCUCAGGCUCUGGGGGAUCUUUCCUGCCUUCUUCAGCUCUAUCCUCUCUUUUGCCUCCCUUCUCUGGAGAGUCAUCACAUGUAUACAUGAGAGAUGGUUGGGAGCAGUCAGUUCCAGAGCCGGUUCCUCAGGUGGAUGCUCUCUGUCCAGACAACUUGGUUUCUGUCAGCGUACCAUCGUCCAUGGCCAGUCCAGAAUCCCAGGGAAGCCCAAACCAGCCAGGCCAAGGCUCAUCCAUGGGCCUGGGUUCCAGCAGCCAGUCCUAUAUGUUGCACUCGCUUGAGGAUCCUCACUACCACCUUUUAACCUCAAGCAACUCCUACUCAGCCCCACCCUCCUCCUUCCCUUGUCCUCCCUACAUGAACAGCGACUUGAUAUCCAAAAUUGCGAUUGAGGAGGCAGCUGAAAGUCACAGCAGUCUCCCUCUCAAUGUGGAGGCUCACGCUUCCUGGGAUAAGGAGGAUGGUGUGAGCUCCUGGUCACCGUUCGAGCUCAGAAGGGCUUACUGA